AUGACUCAGGUAUCACGCAUCUCGUGCGUCGAAUGUCGCAGACGGAAGAUCAAAUGCAACAAGCUCAACCCAUGUAACCAGUGCAUCAAGCGAGACAUCAUGUGCGACUACCCCAAGAAGUUCCGUCGAAUUGAUAUCGACAGGUUGGACCACAUGGUGAUGGAGGAGGGUUCCGGCGACGCCGGCGAAUACGACUCGGAGGACACCGGCGAGUACGCAUCCUCCUCCGGCCAAAAGACGUCGCCACACUCGUUACAGGUGAUGCUGUCGGGGCCAGCAGACCGUGAUGAGAGGCUGGUGCUCUUACGCAAGAUUAAGGACUUGGAGAAGGUGAUCCACAGCUUGGACCAGAAUAGUCACGACGUCAACGACCCCACGAUCAACUGUUACCAGGGCAAGUAUUACGGCCCCACGUCGGCAAUUUCCAUGUUGAGCGACUUUGCGUCGACAUUGGGCCCGAAGGCGUUCAUUUUUGAGAAGAAUCCCAAUUUCCGUGCGGGGGGCCGCAAGUUGGAGGUGCGCAACUUUGACACGCCGUCCAAGAACAAUACCUCCAUCUCGUCACUCAAGAAGUUGAUUCCGAAUUUCCACUUUGACAAGCAGGAGAAUCGCCAGAUCAUUGGCCGGUUGGUACAGCGCUUCUUCCAGUUUGACUGCUCCAUCUUCUUCGACCAGCAGCACGUGAUGAACUUGGUCACGGAGCAACUGAUCCGCACGGACGAAGAGUUCAUGGUGGUGCUCAUGAUCUUGCUCACGGCGAUCAACCGCGGCGGUAGCGAUGCACUGGAAGACCCGUGCGGCGCCGACGAGCUCCGCGAGUACGAAAAGUUCAUUCCCAGCCUCAUCUCUGACUUUAACGUUCUCAAGAAGAAGUCGCUGUUGUCCGUCAGCGUUAUCAUGGCCGAGUUACUCCUCUUUGAGUUUUACUUCUACACGCUCCGCCUGGAGAUUGCGUGGGCCACGUUGUUCAACAUUAUCAGUUCGUGCUACUCCUUGGGCCUCCACAUCUUCACCGACGAUUCGCGGCGCAUGUCCGUGUGGUGGGCCGUCAAUUUCUACGAGUCCUUGCUCUGUCUGAUGCUUGGACGCCCCAACCCUGUCAGCGCGGAGUUGCUAGCGUAUCAUAGCAAACAGGUGGGUGCGUCCGACCGCUUGCGCUGGCGCGUGGACAUCACCAUGUUGGGCAAGGAGAGCAACGCGUUGCUUCUCCACUCGAUGCAAGAGGUGGAUUAUGCCAAGGUCCAGGCGUUAUCUGCGCGCUACGACGAGGCAAUUCUGCACGUCAAGGCGUACGUAGCGGCGAAGCCCCAGGACUGGCUCCGACGCACGGACUUGGUGUUGCUCUUGACCAACCAGGCAAAGCUCCACCAGCCAUUCAUGCGCAAACAGACGGAAUCCAAGGCGCGGAUCUUUCCGCUCGUGGCUGACUGUAUCGACCAGGUGAAGGCCAUCUUGUCAUCUAGGGCAGCGGCCUUCUCCAACAAGCACUUCCGCUCGAUCUGUCCCUUCGGCGACUGCUACUUCUUCCAGUCGCUCGCGGUACUGUUUACGUAUCUCUCCUACACCAAGUGCGUCACCCCGGACGUACUCCAGUUCCAGAAGGAGUUGAACUACGUGGUGCACGAGUUGGGCGAAAAGUGGAUGCACAAGAUUGUGUACAUUGCGCUGGUGGUGAAUGAGUCCAUCACCAAUAACCUCAACGAGGAGUAUUUCUCGAAGGCCAACGAGCAGCCGCACUUGGUGCCGUGGUAUAAUGUGAACUAUAAUGACCAGUUCUUCUUGCAGUUGCCCGAGACCGCCCGGCUCUUUGGCGAGAUGGAUGAAAAGGUGGUCAGCUACGUGACCGAUAGCAUAUGUGACCAGAGCGUCGGCACUUGGGCGACUCCAAGUGGGUUUGGCUCUCGGCACAGUAUGAAACCUACCGCCGCCGUCCCGCCGAACCAGGCCGGUAAUGACACAAGUACGUCCAUACCCCCGGUGUCGUACUAA